AUGCUCGCACUGCUUCAGUCUUGCUUUUGCCUUCGCUGCGAGCGUGUCGACGUCAAACUUAGUGUACGAAUCAAGGGCGCAGCCGUUCGUGUAUGUGAUGUGGCUCGGAGGUGCCGAGGCUCUGGGCAUGAGAGGCUUCCUUCGGAACGCAACCGAAGCACGCGCUACGGCGACCCUGCGGCCACCCUCCGACGCCAGAGCGCUUUCAGCUUCGAGUCGCAAACGAUGUGA